UAUCGGUGGCUAAGUACUACUACUAGCUUCCCCAGUCGCCAAUUUCAAUUUUGAGGUUCCACAUCUGCAUCAAGAAAGUGGUAACUUACUUGGUCUUAACUCUUAAACAUCAAAGAAUAAUCCCGGAGGCCUUUUUGCGUGAAAGAUUAGCAGAGUAGGAGAGAAAGAGACAAAGAACAUCCUAUGAAAUGAACACAGCAAGAGGAGGGGAAUCCCCUGGACCAGGAGGAGGGCGUGGAGGAGGAGGUGGAGCCAACGCUGGAGUGUCUGGAAGCGGGCGGAGACGCAAGAAGAAACCUAAAGGUGGAAAGGAUGGACCUCCAUGUGAGAGAGGAAACAGUGAGGGUGGUGGCAGUCACAAACCUCCUCCUAUGAUCUUAUCAAAGGCAGCUGGGCUUGACAAUAAGGACAUAGAGAAAACCACUGGGUCUGAACGCUCCAAUCGACCAACCCGAGCUGUUUCUCCUGGGCCCCAGAUUAAAAUCAAAGUCAGGGACAGAGAGGACACCCCCUCCCAAAGCCAGACCCUUCCAUCAAAUGUUUCCACCGGUUCCCCUUCACAUGGUACCCCUAUCACACCUCGGGCAGUGCCAGCAACCAAGCUCAAACAGGGGAGUGAGGUGGAACCAAGGGGGCGGGGCAGUCCCUCCACUGGAAGGCUUUAUUCACCAGGUCAGCGAGUGACAGGGGGGCAGAUGCCUGGCAUUUCUAUUGAGGUGCCCAUCCACAAGAGAUUAGCAGCACCAACAAUGAUGACCCAACCCAUCAAACUGAUUGACAAUGCAUUCCAAUGGGUGGAUGUGGGAAAUGAGUACCUUCUUGAACAGACUGAUUUUCUAGUGAUAGGUGUCCUUGGUGUACAGGGUAGCGGCAAGUCUACUCUGAUGUCUCUAUUGGCUGGUAGUAAACAUACAGAUCCUCACAGUUCCUAUGUGUUCAAGCCCCAGACUGCAUUGAAUGCAGAGCAGGCCUUGCAUCAGACCAGUGGUAUGGAGAUGUUUAUUACUGAAGAGCGUAUCAUCCUGCUAGAUACCCAAGCAAUCCUCAGCUCUUCAAUCCUAGAUCGUCUUCUGGGUCCUGACAAGCAGAACAUGCCUCCAGAAUACUCAUCAGCUGACAACUAUGCAGAGAUGCAGUCCCUGUACAUAGCAGCGUUUCUCCUGACUGUGUGCCAUGUAGUGAUGGUAGUUGAGGAUUGGUUCAGCGAUAUCAACAUCAUAGAAUUCAUCAAAAGAGCUGAGAUGCUCAAACCAGCAACCCCGCCCCCUCCAAGCAACCAAUCAGAGAGCAGUAGUCUAGAUGACCCAGAAGACUUUGUCCCUAAUCUAGUAUUUGUGCAGAAUAAAGCCAGUCGUGAGAGUUUUCAACCCAUCACUGUAAAUGCGAUUCAGCAGGCUAUUCAUUCUCUUAUGAUCACAUCUAAACUCAAGUAUACAGGUUGUUGUUCUCUUGCCAGGAGCUCUGUCAUGCCCUGCCUGAGCUCCAAGACUCUUCCGCUAGACCUCAAUCUAUUCUUGCUUCCAAAAUUCAACUCAGACAAGAACAAAGGAGCUGAGAAAGAAUCCAAGACAUGUGUACUCCAGUUUGUGUGUGACCCUGGGUACGUGGGUCACCCCCGCCCUGAGCGGCUAGUAGCGGCGUUCAGGAAUCAGAUAUAUGCUGCUAGUCGACCUCUUCUUACCCAUACAUCACUCAAUGAAAAGAACUGGUAUCAGUAUGCCAGCAGAACAUGGGAAAGCAUCAAGAAGUCUACUCUCAUGUCUGAAUACCAUCGGCUUCUUACUUGAGGCAGGUUAACCCUCUGCGUACUGGACCUGGGUGGUUCAUGUGAGAAGCCUCACGGAAAGGGAGAGUCCAGUAGUCAAUGAAGAUGCCUACUCAUGAAGACACUUCUGCUGGUUGCAGCAUCCCGAUUCAACCAACUUUAAGGGAGCUGAUCAUGAUGUGCAGUUCCUCACGUGGGGCCUUUUGUCUUCUUGCUACGAUCAUUUCCUCUAGAAUAAGCCAUUUCGUAAAUACUAUCUGCGCAUGGGCAGAUAAAGGUAAUUUCUGAUAAAAUUGUAAAGCCCACCGAGAUGAGUAAGUGCUCAUGUUAUGUAAUCAUUAUUCAUGUGUUGCACCUGGGGUACAUUCUAUGAUACAACAGGGCGAACAAAAGUUUUUUCAUGAAGCACAUACAUGACUUUGGCAUUGAUCAAUCUAAAAUACACUAAGUGGGACUUCUCCAUGAGUAAAAGAUCCUUGGAUAUUUGGGGUCAUUUUACCAAUGUGCUAACUACGAAAUGGUCUAUUGUGCCUGUGCAAAGACAGACAGAACAGUUGUUCUGCUAGGGUCGGUUCUCAGUUAAGAGGAACAUAAUGGUGUUCAGAUAUGAAGCUUAAAGAUUAAAGAUAUGUUUGAAUCACUCUACCAAUCAGAAUCAGAUGGUAAUGAGAUCUGUGAGAGAGAUUAUCUUGAUGUCAGGGGUCAUGAAGCUUGCACGUUUGCAUGUGAAUAAACCAAUCUGCCAUUCUCAAGAGACAGCUCUCUUUAUCCAAAUAUAUCUGGAAGAAAUUUUGAAACAUAGGGAUUUGGUGAGUGAAAGCUAUACUUCAAUUCGAACCAGAUUAAUCGGUCAUGUUUGAUACUCAUGUUCGAUGUGGGCUUUUGUUUGGAUGUUAAUCGGUCAUGUUUGAUACUCAUGUUCAAUGUGGGCUUUUGUUUGGAUGUUAAUCGGUCAUGUUUGAUACUAAUGUUCAAUGUGGACUUUUGUUUGGAUGUUGAUCUCAUCUGAUAAACAUCCCCCCGUUGAAACCAGGGACAGGGUAGGAAGUAUCUACCGUGUGAGUCAAAAAAAAGUUUACACCUAGACAAUUGCUAAUUAUUUUAAAAAUCAUCUGUGAACAGUAAAUUAUUUUAC